GGAGCCAGGACACCACCGGGCUCCUGCCGCCGCCUCCUUCCUCCUCCUGCUGCCGGGCUGAGCGGCGGGGUCGUCGGCAGCGUGAGGCGAAGCGGUCGGCUCCGGUCUCCUCUUCAUGGCAGGGAACUUCUGGCAGAGCUCGCACUAUUUACAAUGGAUUUUGGAUAAACAAGAUUUGUUGAAGGAACGCCAAAAGGACUUGAAAUUUCUGACAGAAGAAGAAUAUUGGAAACUGCAGAUAUUCUUUACUAAUGUCAUCCAGGCUUUAGGUGAACAUCUUAAAUUAAGACAACAAGUUAUUGCCACUGCUACAGUGUACUUCAAGAGAUUCUAUGCCAGAUAUUCCCUAAAAAGUAUAGAUCCAGUAUUAAUGGCUCCUACGUGUGUGUUUUUGGCAUCCAAAGUAGAGGAAUUUGGUGUAGUCUCAAACACAAGAUUGAUUUCUGCUGCUACUUCUGUAUUGAAAACUAGGUUUUCUUAUGCCUUUCCGAAGGAGUUUCCUUAUAGGAUGAAUCAUAUAUUAGAAUGUGAAUUCUAUCUUUUAGAAUUAAUGGAUUGCUGUUUGAUAGUGUAUCAUCCUUAUAGACCUUUGCUCCAAUAUGUGCAGGAUAUGGGCCAAGAAGACAUGCUGCUACCCCUCGCAUGGAGGAUAGUGAAUGAUACAUAUAGAACUGAUCUUUGUCUACUGUACCCUCCCUUCAUGAUAGCCCUAGACAUGUCCCCACACACAUUUUGCUUUGCAGCUUGCCUACAUGUGGCCUGUGUUGUCCAGCAGAAGGAUGCAAGGCAGUGGUUUGCUGAGUUGUCUGUUGAUAUGGAGAAGAUUUUAGAAAUAAUCAGGGUCAUUCUAAAACUGUAUGAACAGUGGAAGAACUUUGAUGAGAGGAAAGAAAUGGCUACUAUUCUUAAUAAGAUGCCUAAACCGAAACCACCUCCAAACAGUGAAGGAGAACAGGGUCCAAAUGGAAGUCAGAACUCCAGCUAUAACCAGUCUUAAGACAUUCCAAAGAACUUUAUUAUGGACCACUUUGGAUCAAGACAUACUAGGAUCUUAAUUGUGUUCAUGAAAUGGACAGAAGGUUUUAAUAAUAUCUUUGACAAAGAACUUGAAGAAUAAAUGGCUUGUUUCUAUCAA